CCGAGUCACCUCCAAUCUUUGCUACACUCCUUGUGUUGUCAUUCCAAGCAGGAAUUGUCUGUACUUCAGGAACAGUGUACUUCUAAUAUCAGCUGAAAUGGCACCCAAGAAGGACGUUAAGGCACCCGCCGCCGCCGUCAAGAAGGCCGAACCUGCAAAAGCUGCAGCUGCACCGGCACCGGCACCAGAGCCGGCACCCGCACCAGCAGCACCUGCCGCUGUCGACCUGUCCGCCGUCAAGAUUGAAUUUGCCGCAGACGUGAUUGAUGACUACAGGGAGUCCUUUGGUCUGUUCGACAGGGUUGGUGACAGCAAGGUUGCCUACAUCCAGAUCGCUGACAUCAUGCGCGCCCUGGGACAGAACCCAACCAACAAGGAGGUCGCCAAGAUGCUGGGAAACCCCUCUCCUGAAGACAUGACCGCCAAGAGAGUAGAGUUCGAGGGCUUCCUGCCCAUGAUGCAGACCGUCGUCAACAACCCAAACAAGGCCGUAUAUGAGGACUACGUUGAGGGUCUGCGCGUGUUUGACAAGGAGGGCAACGGCACAGUGAUGGGUGCUGAGCUGCGUAUUGUUCUGUCAACACUGGGAGAGAAGAUGACCGAGAUCGAGAUUGAUGCUCUCAUGACAGGACAGGAGGACGAGAACGGCUGUGUCAACUACGAGGCCUUUGUCAAGCACAUCAUGUCUGUGUAAGGACCUGCUCUGCGCUGGUGAGCAUCCUAUUUGUGCAGACCCCAUGGUGUCGCGACAUCUUCUCGCUGUUUCUUGUACCACCUGAGGAAGCAGGGGGAACAAAGGACUAUGAGAUGUCAUUUCCUGAAGCCUUUCGUUUUGUUCUACACAUUUUUGUCCAAAGUGGUGCUUUUUUCCUCUCCUCCUCCUCCUCCUCCUCCUCCUCCUCCUCCUCCUCCCACUGCUCGGGAAGUCUUCCUUAUUCCCCCGCAAGAUGUUUCUUUCCUCAUAUUCACAAGUCCCACUGUCUCAUUGGGGAUUUAUAUCAUCAACUGUUUCAAAGUGGAGCAGUGAUGGAGGGGAAGGUGGGAUAAUGAUGACCCCCCCCCCCCCCCCCCCCCCUCUUUCCACAGUCUACUGGCUCUCUAUCUGCCAGUGUAGGGACUGCUUUGGCUCAGGAGUGGCCAUCAAAAUGAAUCCACUCCACACCCAACCCUUCCCCAUAGGUCUUAACUUAUUGUAUCCUCUGCCACAAUAAACUUUUCACAAUCACCCAUUGCA